UGUAAACAAUAAUUUGAAAUUUUAAAAAUAUGUAAACAACGAGGGGAAUAUCACCAAAUAUAUAGUUUAAAGGAUUGGAUUGUUGUUCCUGAGUGUAGAAUGUCACGGCAUAGCAGCCAUCUCUCAUCGUAUUUGAAAUCAAGACGAGAAAAACCGUUAACUACUGAUAGCCGAUCGCCUUCUUCAGAAAACUCGAAAGCGCGUCAUAAGGUAACCACCAAACAGCUGAAUGGGAAACAAAAAUCACUGAACAGCCAACACAAACUGGGCCAAAAAAAUGAAAGUCAUUCACCUCUUCAUCUGAUCCUUCCUCCAGAGCUUGUCUCCAAGAUAUUUUGCUUUCUUACCCCAUCGGAGAUCCUCACAUGCGCUCAAGUUUGCAAAAGCUGGAGUGAAAUCAGUAAUGAAAUGUCAUUAUGGAUUCAUCAUUACAACCUCAUACCACGCAGCAUACGAGAUUCAAUUCUCCCAAAUGAAAGAACAUCCCCAAAAUUUCAAUGGAAAAGUGAAAUAAUUAAAAGAACUGUUAAUCAUAGAAAUAAGAAGAUAAAAACUAUGAUAAAGAAGACAAGUCCCUAUUCUGGUUUGCCUUCAGGAAUAGAACAAGCUUUGAAAUUUCUCUCGUUGAAAUGGCAGAUUAAGUUCACAGACAGGGACGGAAAUGAACGCGCAUUCCUCAGCGAUGAUAUGUUUUAUUUCGCUCAGUCUUUGACAGCCCGUUGGUACACGUUGCAAUUGCCAUCCAUCGCCAAGUUAAAAUCCGUCUCGAUUUCUGCACUCACGGCCGUGUUUUACCACAGGGACUGGAAACCACACGCCGACAGCGCAACAAGGAAGGCCUUACUGCACUCAUUUCAAAUAACAGAUCUGAAACUUUCAAGACAGACCUGUAUCAGUGAGGACGAGAUGGUAACUCUACACACCGUACCACCUGGGAUCAUGGUGGCUGUUUGGAAACAUUCUUGGAAGGAUGGCGGGGAGGUGGCCUGGGUCUCGAUGUGUCUGCAUUAUCAUCAACUUCUCGAAAGGAUUCUGAACGGUUCAAGAGAAAGCGCUUACAAAUCACUAAUCCAUAAGCCAAAAAUUGACGAUAUCGACCCUUUUUACGGUCUGCAGCGGUAUUCAGCUACGGUGGAGUUGCGCAAUCAACGGAAAUUGUUUUGGGGAAAUCAUUACAGGGAACUUUACCGAAGGUCGUUCAGCGAUGGUUCUCUAGUGCUGGAAAGUCACGAAGAACAAGAAGGAAUGUUUAAUGUGAAAACAUCACUGCCUUGGAAGACUGCUGGGUUUAGAAAUAUUUUGAGCGACAUUGUUGUCUUAGAUCUAACUCUGAUGGAUGAACACAAAGCACCGAUGUGGUGUGCAAGCUCUGCUGUCAAAGUUAGAAAGACCACGGACAGUGAAGGUAAGGUACUCGGUUCUCAAGCCAUCAAGUCAUACACAUUUUAUAUUCAAAUUUACUGUUUUCUUAUAGUGGAUUACACUUUUUCCGAUUGCGAAUCGACAGUUGUGGAAUAUCAGGACAGCGUGGGACGACUAAGGAUACACCUUGUUUGGAUCGAAGAAGAUGGUCAAAACUUGGUCAAAGGCUUAGAAAUAUAUUUGCAAAAGGAUGUCAUCAAUAACUGGUUUGGAACAAGCUACUGAAAGUCUGAAUCACGGCGCUUUGUUUUGACUUACUCCACAGUCCACACAAGAGGCGACUACGGGGAUGUGUAGCUCAGUCCAGCAGAGAAGCAAUCUGUGCGAAGUAAUACGCAUUAUUUGCUACCAAAGAAUUACCAGAUUUUCGACAAACUUGUGUCGAAUAGAAGUCGACCGACUCAGACGGCUGAUAAUUUCCCAAUUUGCGGAAAGCAACAGUUUUAACCUAGAGUUUUGGUCAUAGGUAAAUCUCCAGUCUUAAUUAAUGAACUUAUAACGAAUAUCGCAAUGAAUGGCCCAGCGUUAAUGACUGUUUUAGUUCAA